UCAGUGACGUCACCUGAGGACAGCUUAGGUUGCUUCUGCUCCUCAAGCUCAGAGCAGCAACCCAGGGAGCAGAACUGAGCUGCAGCGCGCCCGGAGAGCCGAGCGCGAUGUACGACCCAGAGCGGCGCUGGAGCCUGUCGUUCGCAGGCUGCGGCUUCCUGGGCUUCUACCACGUCGGGGCUACGCUAUGUCUGAGCGAGCGCGCCCCGCACCUUCUCCGCGAUGCUCACACUUUCUUCGGCUGCUCGGCCGGUGCACUGCACGCUGUCACCUUCUUGUGCAGUCUCCCUCUCGACCAUAUAAUGGAGAUCCUCAUGGACCUCGUGAGGAAAGCCAGGAGCCGCAACAUCAGCACCCUCCACCCGUUCUUCAACAUUUACAAGUGCAUCCGAGAUGGGCUCCAGGAGACCCUCCCAGACAAUGUCCACCAGAUCAUCUCUGGUAGGCUCUACAUCUCACUCACCCGGGUGUCGGAUGGAAAGAACGUGCUGGUGUCUGAGUUCCAGUCCAAAGAUGAAGUGGUGGACGCCCUCGUGUGUUCCACUUUCAUUCCUCUCAUCUCCGGCCUAAUCCCUCCUUCCUUCCGAGGUGAGAGGUACGUGGACGGAGGAGUGAGCAACAAUGUCCCUGUGCUGGAUGCCAAAACCACUAUCACGGUGUCCCCUUUCUAUGGAGAGCACGAUAUAUGCCCCAAAGUCAAGUCCACCAACUUCCUUCACGUGAAUAUCACCAACCUCAGCCUCCGCCUCUGCACUGGGAACCUCCAUCUUCUGACCAGAGCCCUCUUUCCAUCUGAUGUGAAGGUGAUGGGAGAGCUGUGCUUUCAAGGGUACCUGGAUGCCUUCCGGUUCCUCGAGGAGAAUGGCAUCUGUAAUGGGCCCCAGCGCAGCCUGAGUGUGUCGCAGGAGGAGAUGACGCCAGAAGCCUGCUUGGAAAAUGGCAAACUUGUGAGUGACAAGGUGCCAGUCAGCCUAUGCCUUACAGAUGAGAACAUCUGGGAGAUGCUGUCCCCCAAGCUGAGCACAGCUUUGAGUGAAGCUAUUAAGGACAGGGGGGGCUACCUGAACAAAGUCUGCAAUCUCCUGCCCAUCAGGAUCCUGUCCUACAUCAUGCUGCCCUGCACUCUGCCCGUCGAGUCGGCCAUUGCUGCAGUCCACAGGCUGGUGAUGUGGCUCCCUGAUAUCCAGGAUGAUAUCCAGUGGCUACAGUGGGCGACAUCCCAGGUUUGUGCCCGGAUGACGACGUGCCUGCUCCCCUCUACCAGAUCCCGAGCAUCCAAGGAUGACCGUCAAACACUCAGGCAUGGACAUCACCCACCUCUCCACAAACUUCAAGGCAACUCUGCUGGUUUGUAAAUUGCUGGUCUCCAUGCUUCCAGUGAACUUGGACAUUCUCUCUGUGGAUGGUCCAGGAGGGGCCAAAGCUGAGGGCACCCUGCCUUCCACCCCACGUCCAGCUUGACCUUUAUCUGGAGCAACCGUGUCUAGAUGAUGGGUGGGUGAGGGAUGCUAUACUCUCUGUUUCCCUCUGGGAAGGGUUUGGUUACUUCUGGAGGCAGCUAGGAAGUUUCUCUCCAGGAGCUGAGCCUGUGAAGCUGCCCCUUGGUGCUCUGUGGUAACCUCAUUGCCUGUGACCGCAGGAUCACGGGAUCUGGGCUAAAUUAGUAGUUCAUAGAAACCAAAGACAAUAAUUUGGUGUUUAGAAAGCUACUUUUGGUCUGGGUGAAGGCUGGUGCUUGAGAGCUAGUGCAGAGAGCAAGGUCAAACUGUCUCUUAGCCUGUGAAUCAAUGGGGACCCCAAGGGCAUCCAUGUUUGGAAACAGGAAUCCAAACUAGGCAAUCUCAUGCAAUCUCGGAAGGAAAAUUUUUCAGGAAGUGUGAUAGGAUGGACUGUGGCUGUCUCUAAAAAGGGCCCGUCGGAUAACUUAUUACGCCUUUGGCUCUUACUAAAAGCAUUUUAUAUAAACACACCAGGGAAUGUAUGGUGAACUAUAUGUAUGAUCAGUGACGUGUGACUAGAAUUAACCUUAAAAUAAAAUCUCUUGUAUGUAGGGAUGGAACAACAUAGGUAGGGAGCGCAGAGGACCUCUGCCUCCUCAGCCUCAGCUUGCUCACUUUCUUCUUUUCCUAAUCUUUGUAUCGUCAUCAGCCAUUACCACCUCUCUCCUUCCCCAUCUACUGCACCAGCCUUAAUGGGGAUAAGUGCCCACUUUUCUCAGGUGUACUAUACAGCUGUGGGUGUGGUGUGUGUUUCGUGUAAUUCAGACAUUAGAUUAGAACAUAAAUAAGCAAGCAGACAAACAAACAAGGUGCUGCCCACACUGCUGAGCGCUGACAGUGAAGGUGUGCGUCUCCCAUGCCUGAGUCUCCUAGAUUCCUAGUGAGUGAGCUCCAGGUUCAUGCAAGCGCUUCGGGAGGAAUCACAUAAUCUCAGCAGGGUUGAUCCUGACUGGAUAGAGAGGGCCUCUGGGGGAGAGAAUGUGGUUCCAGAGGCAAAGUGUCUAGGCUACUGUAAGACUGUCCCAAGGAAAGAAAAGAACCAGGAGCUGGGGUGCAGCUCAGUUGUUAGAGGCCUUCUCUAGCAUGAGCGAAGCCCAGAGUUCAAUCUCAGCACCAUAUAAACUGUGGAGUGACAGGCAGUGACAUAUGCCUGUAAUCCCAACAUUUAAGCAAGAGGAUCAGAAGUUCAAGGUCAUCCUCGACUACUUAGGGAGUUGGAGGUCAGCUUUGGCUAAAUGAGGCCCUGCCUCAAAAAGACAAACAAACAAACAAAAAAAUAGCAGAAACUUUUGCCUUGCUUUGAGCUGCCCCUUUCUGGAAGUUUCUCAUCAGUAGAGAAUAUUCCUGUCACCCUAUCAGACAAAACUCCCACUGGUUUGGAGUCCCUGCAUUCUCAGAACACCCGGUGUCAGACAGUGACCAGCAGGGAGAAAUGUCUUGACUUGUAAUGUAAGCCUUUAGCAAAGCUGGUUUAAAAGCAGGUGUGGGUGUGUUUAUGCAAAUGACUAUGCAAAUUAGCAGACUAGCUGAAGGUUUGAAUGGAUACAAAAAUAACCAUAACUGUUUAAGGGAAAAGGGUCCAUAAUAAAUGUGGGGACAAAAAAUAAAUAAAUGUGAUUUUUAAAAAAUGUA